GUCCGGCCGCUUUGGAGCCAGCGGGCACCGGCAGCGCUCGGAGCGAGCAUCCCGAGCGAGCAUCCCCGGCAUCCCCAUCCGGCAGAGCCUUUCCCCGUGCGGAGCAUGAGGCGAGCGGGCAGCGGCAGCCCCGGCAGCCGAGGGGCAGCGCUGGUGCUGGCGCUGGCGCUGGCGGCGCUGCCCGCGGCCGUGUCCGGCUGCAGCUGCGCGCCCGCGCACCCGCAGCAGCUGCUGUGCGAUGCUGCGCUCGUGAUCCGAGCAAAAAUAUCCAGUGAAAAGGUGGUUCCUGCCAGUGAUGAUCCCCUUGAUACCCACAAAAUGAUCCGGUAUGAAAUCAAACAAAUAAAGAUGUUUAAAGGAUUUGAAAAGCUCAAGGAUGUCCAGUAUGUCUACACCCCUUUUGAUUCAUCACUCUGUGGAGUGAAACUAGAAGCCAACAAUAAAAAACAGUACCUUCUAACAGGCCAAAUUUUAAGUGAUGGCAAAGUGCUGAUCCACUUGUGCAACUACAUUGAGCCGUGGGAUGAUUUAUCCUUGUCUCAGAAAAAGAGCCUGAACCAGAGGUACCAGAUGGGCUGUGGCUGCAAGAUCACCACGUGCUACACGGUGCCCUGCUCCAUCACGGCGCCCAACGAGUGCCUGUGGACGGACUGGCUGCUGGAGCGGCGGCUCUCGGGGCACCAGGCGCGCCACUACGCCUGCAUCAAGCGCAGCGACGGCACCUGCAGCUGGUACCGGGGGGGGCCGCCCCCCGAGAAGGAGUUCAUCGACAUCAGCGAGCCCUGAGCGCCCAGCGCUCCCCAAAGCACCGCCCUGGGGCUCCUUCCACCCGCCUCGCCCAGAAACCGGCCCCGUGUCCCCAAAGGGCCCGUGGGGCUGGCACCGGGGCAGGACGAGGGACAAACCUCCUGGAGGCACCUGCUC